UUAAGAUUCGAAAGUGAUAGACUCUUAUAGGAGUAAGAAAUUUAUUAAUAAAAACGAAUAUUGAUAUACCUAUCUCUCUAUCAAGUUAUUUCGAAGUGAAAAGAAAUACUUUAUAUUUCACAAGGAAAUGAAAAUCUUAGCCAUGGAGACGUCAGGUGGGAUGGUGCUCAAAGGACCCGCGAUGAAGUACGUGCCGUUGCUUGUCUUCCAGCUGGUUCUCAUGGUUUUGUUCUUCGUCUUCACCACGUAUGGCACCAAGGAUUUCGAUAACAAAGGAUUCGAAGGCACCCACGUGAUGAUCUUCAUCGGUUUCGGAUUCCUCAUGACAUUCCUGAAAAAGUAUUGCUACAGCGCCCUCGGCUUUAACUGGUUCCUGGCAGCUCUGGUCAUACAAUGGGCUCUUCUGUGCCAGAAUUUCUUUCACUUGCAUAAUGGGAAAAUUGAAAUUACGAAGGCCGUACUACUGGAGGCUGAUAUCAUGGCCGCCACCGUCCUCAUCACGUUCGGAGCGCUGCUCGGCAUCACCACAGGCUUCCAGCUGCUCGUCAUAGCGAUCAUUGAGACUGCUAUCGGCUGUGUCAACAUUUAUCUCGUGAGCGACGUGUUCAAGGCAGCAGAUGUAGGUGGUUCCAUAGCCAUCCACGCUUAUGGCGCAUACUUUGGUCUUGGAGUUAGCUUGGCCUUGAAACUGGGCAAGAAGCAGGAGGCCGCCCCCACAGGCCAGGUGGACCUGAAUGGCCCAACGUACACUUCCGACGUCACAGCAAUGAUUGGCUCGAUAUUCCUGUGGAUCUACUGGCCCAGUUUCAAUUCCGGACUGACGAAUACCGACAUAGAGAACCAGAGGGCUGUUAUCAAUACUUAUCUCUCAUUGGCUUCUGCAACGGUGGUAACGUUCAUCCUCUCAGCGGCCAUCAGCCAUCAGCGCGGCAAGUUCGAUAUGGUCCAUAUUCAGAACUCGACCCUCGCUGGAGGAGUGGCCAUAGGGUCAGUCUGCAACAUGAUGGUCGGACCAGGAGGAGCUAUCGCAGUAGGGAUUGGUGCCGCUUUCAUCAGCGUUUUCGGCUACAGAUACUUGACGCCAAAACUGAACAGCAUCGGCAUUCUAGACACGUGCGGCGUGAACAACCUCCACGGGAUGCCGGCAAUAUACUCAGGGCUUUUGUCCAUCCUCUUUGCAUCACUCGCCACCAAGGACUCGUACGGGGAAACUGAGCUGUUUAGUGUUUUUGAUGCUAUGAAAGACGGUAGAACGGCUGGUACACAAGCAUUAAACCAAUUCUUUGCACUCAUAGCUACAAUAGCCAUAGCAUCCGUUUCCGGAUUUAUUACUGGUCUAAUUGUGAAAAUGCCAUUAUUCGGCUCCCUAAAGGAAGAAGAGAAGUACAAUGAUGAAAUCAACUGGGAACUGCCUUAACUUGGUAAUUAAAAAAAAAAUUGGAUAUUUUUAUUAUUUCCUAAUAAUUCUACGAUUCAACACGAACAGUAGGUACCUACACUGUAGGUAAUGUAAAGCGCCUAUGUAUUUGAAGCAUUGAUUAAAUAGUUGGACGAUAUGAAAUUAAAACUAUUGUGUAAUGAUGAUUGUAUUAAACUUCUAAAAAUAUAAAAACAAUUGGCGGCCAUCUUAUCAGAUCUGCCAACAUGAAAAAAUAUUAAAACCUAGAAAAAAUGUUAAACCUAGAACACAUUUUGACUUAUUUUUUUAUUAGUGGCCAGUGUCUUUUAAACAUGGAACCUAAAUCUGGAUUACCAUACAAAGGCGGUUUAUAAACUCAUGGCUAGUUUAAAUAGAAUCUGAAAAUGAUUAAACAAGUAAAUCGAUUAAGUACCCAUGUUUUGGCCGGAUAAUUAUGGCGUAAACAGUAUUGCGCUAACAAAUUUUAUGGAAAAUACGGUAAUUACAUUGUUAUGCUACGAUUUUGAGUAGUUUUUAGGAGGCCGGCUUUUUUGAGUUAGCUAUAUAUUAAUGAAUUUAAAAGAUAAUGAUGAUUUUGUACUAAAUAAGAAUUAUAUCUGUGCUUCUUUUAUGCAUUUAAUGCAGAUGGAUUAGAUUAUUAAUUUUAUGUUUUAUGACAGUUAUUUUAUUUUGUUUUUAUUUGAUAUUAUUUUAAUUAGUAAGUCGCGUGUGUAUACUUAUUUAGAUAUUUAAUAGUUAUAUGAAGUAAAAACUUUAGGAUAGUCUGUCUGUAUUUUUAAUAUAGCUGUUUAUCAAAAAUCUAGCCUUCAUUUACAGAAAUUAUUUCAGAAUCUCAAGAAAUUAAUUUAAUUUAACAUUAAUUUAAUUUAAAAACAUUGUAAACUUAUUGAGAUACAAAAAUAUUAUUGUUACGUAUAUAUUAAACGUUCUCAAUUUUUUUUUAUUAAACAGAAAAAAAAAAUCAUUUUUAAGUGUAUUGUUUAAUGAAAAAUUAAAAUGGAAAUCUGACACGCUCUCUACCAAAGAUUUUGAAUGUAUAAAAACUAACAAUAAUAAAUACUAAACAAA